AUGGAGCUCUGCCUCGCCGGUCUCUUCUUUAUAGUGAAGGACGAAGAUGGGAGGCUCGCUUGCACGGCGCAGGGCGUGAUCAUGAUUCUGCUAUUCACUUCUAUAGUCCUCUACCAGGUCUGGCUCAACAGAGCUUUUGCACCUCUCUUCCAUUAUCUGCCAAUAGAAGGGAGCGAUUACUUGAAAGAAACGCUGCGCCGGGGUUCAUCCACCCAGGAGCAUCGCGUUGCCGAGUGCAACGUCAAUGACGAGGCCUGCAGCCUGAGCGACAAAGUCACCAGUCGCAGAUACCUUGAGGUGGCCGCUGAUACUGCAGAAUAUUCCGAGCUUCCCACAAGGUUGGAAGACGUGCCUGAAUGUAUGAGAGAUAUGCUCGUCCGCACUGCCUUUGAACACAGAGCCCUACGUGCUCGGCGGCCUACUGUGUGGAUACCUAAGGAUCAUCUUGCGGUAAGCGAUUGGGAGCGCUAUGAUGUAUCGUUACCUAUCUAUGUGGGAUUCGAAAAUUUCGAAUAUCUCCGAAACGCAGCUCAAGCAGACUAA